ACAAAACAAAACAAAACAAAAAAAACUAAAAAUAUUUUGACUGGGUCUUACUGAUCUGCCCAGUUGUUCUUGAACUUGUUCGGUAGCCUAGGCAGGCUUGAAUUGUGUCCUGCCCAGCCUCCUAAUUCAACUUGCACCAACAGGCCUCACUUCUCAUUUUUCCAUCCUAUUUGUGUUAGAUAAUUGAAACCCUUUUCCUGUAGUUAUUAAAACCUUUUAAAUGAAGAUAUACAGAAGCCCUUUUAAAGUCUUAAAAUUAAUAUAUGGGUACUUAUCUUAUAUUUAGGACUUUAUGAAAAUGGAAAAUUAUGAGGCAUGUGUAGGUUUUGAUCUCUGUGGGACACCCCUCUCCACGGUUGCCCAGAAGAUUAUGUGUGCUAUGCGUUCAGGUGAUUUCAUGGAGUCUAAGAAUGAGGGAGAGAGUACAAAGACUUCAAAAGUGACCAAAAAAUCCAGUGUUCAUUAUUCAGUAUUAGCUGAACAUGAGAGGACUCAAUCACUAGAAACAAAGAAUUAUAAGUCAUUAAUAACCCAGACACCAAGAGGAUCCAUGGAGUUGUCUCCUCAGUCCUCCAUUACUAAGCUUACAAGUCAGCUCUCUGUUGGUCAAGUACAGAGCAGCUCAUUGGCUCUCCCCAGUUAUUUAAUUCCACAGAGUGACCAGGAAGCUCCAGUCUUACAGAAAACGGAGCAUAUGAGAAAGCACUUCCUAAAGGAAAAUAAAGCUAAAGAGGAUGAAGAAAGCUUGAAUCUUAAAAGAAAAUGUAUUACAUGUAGUGAUUCCCCAGAAAAAGGAAGUAAACACAUAGCACUGGAAGAAGAUACCGAUGGGGCUGAACCCUGGCUAAACGCUGAGGACACAAGAGUGUUUGGAAAACAGCUUUGUGAUGUCAGAUAUUUGGAUGAUUUGGCAAAACUCCAGCUAAUGGAUGUGCUCAAGCAGGCAGAAGCCCUGGUUGUGACACUGAUGUACAAGGAUGGUUCCACACAGCUCAGAGCUAGCCAGACUUUAACUUGUCCUGUUAAAGGAAUUGUAGUGUUACUAAAAAACCAUUUGGACAUCAGUCCUCUGAUUUCCCCAGCCCGAGGUAGUGCUCUGGGAGAGGACUCUACAUCUACAGAUCACUGUAUCUACAUACAUAUCGAGCACUUCCCUUCAUGGGGCCUAAAGAAAGAGGCACAUAGUCUAUUUGUCAGGAACAUGCUGUUUUGGACACUUAGAUGUAAAUGCCCUGUUGUUUGUUUUAAUGCCAAGGACUUUGUGAGAACAGUACUGCAGUUCUUUGAUGAAGAUGAUAGUUGGAAGCAUGUUGCAGGUUUUGUAGGACUAGAUCCCAGAGUUGCUGCAUGGCUCAUAGAUCCUAGUGACACUGCGCCUUCAUUUGAAGAUUUAGUGGCAAAACACCUAGAAAAGUCCAUUGUAGUCAAACCAAGCAGUACAUUUGGUGAUACCUCAAGAAAUAUUGUGAGUCAGAAUGUGUGUGUGGACCUGAGGAUACUCUACAACCUCACAAUGGAUCUCUGUUCCAAGUUGAAGGCUUAUGGCUUAUGGCAACUAUUUUGUACUUUGGAACUUCCUUUGAUACCAAUUUUGGCAGUGAUGGAAAACCAUAAGAUUCCAGUUGACAAAGAAGAAAUGGAGAGGACAUCAGCACUCCUUGGGGCUCACCUCAAGGAACUGGAGCAAGAAGCCCAUUUUGUUGCAGGAGAACAGUUUCUCAUAAUGAGUAAUAAUCAGCUUCGCGAGAUCCUCUUUGGCAAGUUGAAGCUGCACCUAUUGAGUCAGAGGAAGCAUCUUCCCAGAACUGGGCUGCAGAACCAGCUGUCCACAUCAGAGGCCAUGUUAAAUUCUCUACAAGAUCUUCACCCAUUACCCAAGAUAAUUUUGGAAUAUAGACAGGUUCACAAGAUCAAGUCAACUUUUGUAGAUGGAUUACUAGCUUAUAUGAAAAAGGGCUCCAUCUCUUCUACGUGGAAUCAGACCGGAACUGUGACAGGGAGACUUUCAGCCAAGCAUCCUAAUAUCCAAGGUAUCUCCAAGCAUCCAAUUCAGAUUUCUAAGCCUCGGAAUUUUAAAGGUAAAGAAGAGGAGACUGUCACCAUAUCCCCAAGAACCCUGUUUGUUUCCUCUGAAGGCCACACCUUCCUGGCAGCAGACUUUUCACAGAUUGAAUUGCGCAUUCUUGCACAUUUAUCUGGGGAUCCAGAGCUUUUGAAGUUAUUCCAGGAAUCUGAAAGAAAUGAUGUAUUUUCUACCCUGACUUCACAGUGGAAGGACAUUCCCAUGGAGCAUGUGACACACAGGGACAGAGAACAGACCAAGAAAGUGGUGUACUCCGUGGUCUAUGGAGCAGGCUAUGUGACAUCCAUCUUGGGGAGAAGGAGACCUCUACCAAGGAUCCGUGCACAGGACCAGAAGCUACGGUCACAAGCAGAGCGACAGGCAGUAAACUUUGUGGUACAAGGUUCAGCCGCAGACCUCUGUAAGCUAGCCAUGAUCCGCAUCUUCGCUGCAGUGGCCACAUCCCCAACCCUGACAGCCAGGCUAGUUGCCCAAAUUCAUGAUGAGCUGCUGUUUGAAGUAGAAGAUACUCAGAUCCCUGAGUUUGCAGCUCUUGUCAGAAGGAUCAUGGAGUCCUUGCAACAGGUACAGACCCUGGAACUGCAGCUGCAGGUGCCCCUAAAGGUGAAUUUGAGUGUCGGCCGCUCAUGGGGACACCUGGCCCCACUGCAGGAGACCCUGGACUCAGCCUGAGCCACAGCAAAUCUCCCUGCAACAGCCCAUCUACCAUGAGCUUCCCCUUCAGCUCCCAGCCCCAUCAAGUACAUUUUUUCAUCUUAAGUUUGUCCAUCCCACCAGUCAGUCCGUCCUGCAGCCUUUCCCCAGCUCGCACUCCGUGAGGGCCAGACUGAUGCAGACACACUGACCCUGUGUGGAACAGCUGUCACUACCUGCAGUA